AUGUGGUGCAAGUUUUUACGUUCACUUUCACCAGCUAUAAUCGUACCAUCACGGAGGAACAAUUCGUUGUCCAACGGUGCAUUCUACUCGACCCGCGUUACGAUGUCCUUGGAAGAGGCGAAACGAUGUGCUGCGUACAAGGCGGUUGACGAGUACGUGAAGGAUAACACCGUCGUGGGUGUCGGAUCGGGCUCUACCGUGGUGUACGCAGUGCAUCGUAUAGCGGAGCGUGUGAAAUCCGAAGGCCUGAAGUUGGUUUGUGUUCCGACGAGUUUCCAGGCUCGGCAGCUUAUCAUCGAGCAUGGACUGACGCUGGGUGAUUUGGAAUGUAAUCCACGGCUGGACUGUGCGAUCGAUGGGGCGGACGAAGUUGAUGCCAAGAUGGUUCUUAUCAAGGGUGGUGGUGGAUGCCUAUUGCAGGAAAAAAUCGUAGCAUCCUGUGCCGACCGGCUGGUGAUCAUUGCGGAUUACACCAAGGAUUCGGUGAAGCUCGGCCAGCAGUAUCGUAAAGGCAUCCCGAUCGAGGUUGCACCGAUGGCUUACGUGCCAAUAAAGAACAAAGUGGAGGCUCGUUUCGGUGGCAAUUUAAAACUUCGGAUGGCGGUUGCAAAGGCGGGCCCCGUCGUCACGGAUAAUGGUAAUUUCAUUCUCGAUUGGAGCUUCCCGGACGACAAAGAACACGAUUGGGAUGCGGUGAAUCGGGAGAUAAUGAUGUUGCCGGGCGUUGUUGAUACGGGACUAUUCGUUGACAUGGCAACGAAGGCAUACUUCGGACAGAAGGAUGGCACAGUGACGGAACGUAGCGUCUGA